GCUGUGGAGUUGUUGAAGUUGGGUGUCGGGUGAGCCUAUACUUGACUGCAAAGCAAAGCCCUUCUGUUUCUUUCUCCUUUUCGAUUGGCGGCAGGGCGUAGUGAUAUGGCAAGGAAGAAGAUCAGAGAGUACGAUUCUAAGAGGGUUCUGAAGGAGCAUUUGAAGCGUCUGUCUGGCAUCGACCUACAGAUCUGCUCUGCUCAAGUAACAGAAUCUACGGAUUUUGCUGAGUUAACAAACAAAGAACCAUGGCUUUCGUCCACAAAAUUGGUUGUAAAACCAGACAUGUUGUUUGGGAAGCGUGGAAAGAGUGGCUUGGUGGCUUUGAAGUUGGAUCUAGCAGAAGUUGCUGAAUUUGUCAAAGCACGUCUUGGUGUGGAGGUUGAGAUGGGUGGCUGCAAAGCACCUAUUACAACCUUCAUUGUUGAACCAUUUGUUCCCCAUGCCGAGGAGUAUUAUCUUUCAAUAGUAUCUGAAAGGUUAGGGUGUACCAUUAGCUUCUCAGAAUGUGGAGGCAUUGAAAUUGAAGAAAACUGGGACAAGGUCAAGACAGUAUUCCUUCCAACUGAAAAGCCUAUGACCCUGGAGGUGUGCGCACCACUGAUUGCUACUCUUCCCUUGGAGGUACGGGGGAAAAUUGGCAAUUUUAUAUUGGGUGUGUUUUCUGUUUUUCAAGACCUGGACUUCAGUUUUCUUGAGAUGAAUCCCUUUACGCUUGUCAAUGGUGAACCAUAUCCCCUGGACAUGAGAGGAGAGUUAGAUGACACAGCUGCCUUUAAAAACUUUCAGAAGUGGGGCAAUAUUGAGUUCCCUCUGCCUUUUGGAAGAGUUUUGAGCCCAACAGAAAGUUUUAUUCAUUCCUUGGAUGAAAAAACCAGUGCCUCUUUGAAGUUUACUGUCUUGAAUCCCAAAGGUCGAAUUUGGACAAUGGUUGCUGGAGGUGGAGCAAGUGUAAUAUAUGCUGAUACAGUCGGAGAUUUAGGCUAUGCAUCUGAGCUUGGUAACUAUGCAGAAUAUAGUGGAGCUCCAAAUGAAGAGGAGGUUUUACAAUAUGCUCGUGUAGUUCUUGAUUGUGCCACAGCUGAUCCAGAUGGCCGUAAGAGAGCUCUCAUUAUUGGAGGUGGCAUUGCUAAUUUUACUGAUGUUGCUGCUACCUUCAAUGGAAUUAUCCGGGCUCUUAGGGAGAAGGAAUCCAAGUUAAAAGCUGCUAGAAUGAACAUUUAUGUUCGAAGAGGUGGCCCUAAUUAUCAAACAGGUUUGGCAAAGAUGCGUGCAUUGGGUGAAGAGUUGGGAGUUCCCCUAGAGGUUUAUGGACCUGAGGCUACAAUGACUGGCAUUUGCAAACGGGCUAUUGAUUGCGUUAUGUCUUAAGCAUAGAUAUAAAAGUUCCCCUUUUAAAUUCAUGCAAUGCUCUGGUGUUUCAUCCACUCUUUUCAGACUCUCUUCCCAUGCUUGAAAGGAAACUGCAUUUGCUGAAUUUAUGAAAAACUUUGCAAUAAGGGGGAAGCCUCAUAUUUCUGUGGAUGGUUUUCUGAAAUUUUACGGAUAUUUUAUAUUUGUUGUGAAAUUUGCGUUAUCUUUGAAUGUUCGCGGAAGCAAUUAGGGUGGUAACACUAAAAUUGGAGUAGUUCAACUGUUCUAAUUGCA